AUGCCUAUGUCAUCCAAUGUGAACGAACUCGACCCAUUCCCAUAUGCGAAAAUUGCCCGGAAUAAAGACAACUUUGAGGAAGAUAUCAGGAAGCUGGAGGCAUAUACCGGCUUGUUUGAAUUCAAUGUCUGCAUCCCUCCCUGGCUUGUACAGGAAGGUACCCCAUUCCAUGUCGUGCCCCCACGCUACACAAUCUCCGGAACUUGUGACCUUCCUCCUGGUUACGAAUUGGCUUAUGUUCCAUCGACCGCCGUCGUAGAGCCUCUCUCAAUCGCAGAACGACUUCGCUUCAAUGGCCAAGAUCCACAAAAUCUAUCGUCGAUAUAUAGCUUUGGGCCGCCGUUGAUUGCACUAAUUCAAAUAGUUUAUGCCUCGGUCACUAUAUACCAGUCUCGUGGUAAUCAAGUGGACACAUAUGGGUACGCUGCAUUUGGAUUUACUGUUAUACCGUAUUUAAUCAUGUCAACCGUCAACCUGCUCGGCAAUAUGGUCACUCACAGUUACCCAUCAAUCUACCUUGUUCAUACCGAACUGAUGGAUGAAGCAAGUCACCGCGGAGGUAUUUUCGCUGGCGCUGUUGCAACCCUCAAAAGCGAGCCACUUUCAGUAAACAACAAGUUCGUUUUCUCGGGCUUAUGCCAACGUCGCCAAGGGUACCUGUGGGAGUUUGAAGUGGGAAAGUUGUAUCGCCCUGGCGAAAUCGAACCGGACGGUCCAAUGGAAGGGAGACCUAGGAAUUUUUCCUAUCCAAUACGCGCAACCGACAAUGGUAUUUCUGACGCUGUCGCCCCAUCAUCGAACGAAUCACUUUCAUCGAAGGAUGAAGAAGCCAAAUCUCGACUCAUCAUCGUCUGUCCAACCUGUUACAACUUCAAAGUCAGCUUCACAAGAUCGCUUCCACCCAUGAUCUCUCCUGCGGCCAUGUUCAUUUCAUCUUUGCCCCUGAUAGCUAUCGGUGUACUCUCGCAUUUUAAGGCUGGCUCAAGCACUGUGGCCCAAAGGAUUUGGAUCUUGGGAUCCAUCGUCUUGAGAAUGGUUAAUGUCACCAACCCAAUGUUCGCGGACUGGAUCAUUCACACCACCAUCGAUAAUCCUGCUCUGGCAAAACUUCGUGGACUGAACUUGGCCGACCCGCGAGAAGAGAAGUAUUUCUAUUUGGAUUUUGGUCUCUUUUUCCUUCUGAUUCUACUUUUGUGCGUGAUAACCACUCCGGCAAUCGGUCAUUUCGUUGUGGUUGGGCAGAUGCUUUACGAGUGUUGA